AAGUUUACUCAGACUAUUAGUGUGUUAUUUUAUAGUAAGAAGAGAGUGAUAAUGGGACAUGUUGCCGACCUCUUUUGUGAUAUACCGACCUUUCUUUUUACCAAGAAAAUUGAAAUAAACUGUUAAUUAAGCUAGAGAAAUAGUAAAUAAACACACUUUCCUUGUAGACCACAAAACACACACGUGGAGAGAAUUCAACAUUAGUUAACACCCCAUCUUCCAUUUCUUUUCUUUCUUCACUCAUCCAAAACCAAACAUUACCUUCUUCAUCUCUAAACAAUCAAAUUCCAUCUAAUAAUCUCUUUCUAUUCUCUUGAUCUUCUUGUUCUUCUUUAAGAAAUUUCUACUUUAUUUCUAUUGUCACACCAUAUACAUAUUUAUAUACUUAUAUUUUCUUUCUUUAAUUAGCUUCUCAUAUAUACUUCAAAUUUUCUUCAACUUUGUUCUACCUUUUUAUAGCUUUCUCUAGAUUCUCCUCACCUCAAUCAAUAAAAAAAAUAGUAUAUAUAUUCUUGAGCAAUACUUUUUGUCUUUCCUCACAUAGGGAAUAUAUUCUUCAAUCACUAAUUUCAAUCUUUGACAAAUUUUCUAAUAUUCCCACUUCAUUUUCCUUCUUUUUACUUGUUUAUCUUCUUUUAAUAUACUAUUGGUAAUUUGGUAUAAAUAUAUUAACAUAGUCAUUUAUUAAGCUUCACUCCUAAAUUCUAGUGAUUUUUAUAAGUGGGGAAGGAGAGUGAUUAAAAAAGUUUUUUUUUUUUUUCCUUCUAUAAAAUAUUUUUCAUUUACAUAAAAUUAUAGUCUUGUCAUAUUUAUCUUCUAUAGAAAUUUUACUUUUUUUUAAGCUUUUUUUUCUUAUUCAAUAAUUUUUUUUUAAUCUUUUGGUUAAAAUUAAUGGAGAAAAUUUGGUUUUCAAGAUGGGUUUUUAUGAUUAUGAUGAUGAGUAAAAUAUUUUGGUAUGUGGAAGGACUUGGUGUGAAUUGGGGAACACAAGCAACACAUCCAUUGAAGCCAGACACAGUUGUUCAAAUGUUGAAAGAUAAUGGAAUUGAAAAAGUUAAAUUAUUUGAUGCUGAUGAAGAAACUAUGAGUGCACUUGGUGGGUCAGGAAUUGAAGUAAUGGUUGCUAUACCUAAUAAUCAAUUAGCUGAAAUGGUUGAUUAUGAUCGUGCUUUGCAAUGGGUUAGAAAGAAUGUUACUAGUUAUAACUACAAAUCAGGUGGAGUUAAUAUCAAGUAUGUAGCAGUUGGAAAUGAGCCAUUUUUGAAAUCCUACAACAAUUCAUUCUUGAAUGUAACUUUCCCUGCCCUACAAAACAUUCAAAAUGCCCUUAACCAAGUUGGAUUAGGUGACUCAAUUAAGGCCACAGUACCUUUAAAUGCAGAUGUUUAUGAAUCUCCAGAUUCAAACAAUGCUGUUCCAUCAGCUGGAAUAUUUAGGCCUGAUUUAAGUACCCUUAUGACACAAAUUGUCACAUUUUUGAACAAAAAUAAUGCACCAUUCACAGUCAACAUUUACCCUUUUUUAAGUCUUUAUGGAAAUGACAAUUUUCCAUUUGACUAUGCAUUUUUUGAUGGAGUAACAAAUCCUAUAAAUGACAAUGGAAUUUUAUACACAAAUGUUUUUGAUGCAAAUUUUGAUACUUUAGUCUCAGCAUUAAAAUCAAUUGGAUUUGGUGACAUGCCCAUUUUUGUUGGUGAAGUGGGCUGGCCCACAGAUGGUGACAAAAAUGCAAAUAUUCAAAAUGCAUUAAGAUUUUAUAAUGGUCUUUUACCUAGACUUGCCUCAAAUAAAGGUACCCCUAGAAGACAAGGUUACAUUGAAGUUUAUUUAUUUGGAUUAAUUGAUGAAGAUGCAAAAUCUAUUGAGCCAGGAAAUUUUGAGAGACAUUGGGGAAUUUUUAGUUUUGAUGGUAAACCUAAAUUUCCAAUGCAUGUAUCAAGUCAAAAUAAAUUAUUAGUUGGUGCAAGAGAUAUGCAUUAUCUUGAUCCAAAAUGGUGCAUGUUUAAUGCUAAUACUAAUAAUUUAAGCAAGCUUGCAGAUAAUAUUAAUUAUGCUUGCACUUUUGCUGAUUGCACCCCCCUUGGUUAUGGAUCUUCUUGCAACAAUUUGGAUGCUAAUGGAAAUGCUUCAUAUGCAUUUAAUAUGUAUUAUCAAGUUCAAAAUCAGAAUGACUUGGCUUGCAAUUUUGAAGGGUUGGCUAUGAUUACUACAAAUAAUAUUUCAACUCCUACUUGUGAUUUUAUUAUUCAAAUUAAUCCUUCUUCAUCUUCUUCUUUGUUGCCUUCAUUUGUUGCUUUCUUGUUUUUUAGUAUACUACCUAUGAUUUUAUUGUGGUAGGUUUUUUUUAGGUAGGUUUCUUCUUGUACACAUGUUAUUGGUGAUGUUACUUAUGUUAAAUAUAUGUUGAUGAGAUCUUGUACUUUGGAUAUAGUGUGGAAGAUUUAUUUAAUAAAUAGUUUUGUAGAGUUUAGUA